AUGAAAAGACGGUGCAUCCCAUGCAUAUACAAUGUGUACAGUAUCAAAUCGUUCCUUCCCAGCGUGUUAUAUUUUGUCUGCUCGUGUACCCCUCGCUGUGAAAGUACAACCAACUUUUGCACUGCGCUUUUAAGAACGUCCAUACAGGAAUGUAAUGGAGGGUUCAAAAUGAGACGUAAUGAAAAUACCUGCCCUGAUGGAGGGCUCCCUAAUGUUCUGCCUCAAAAGGGACUAAGCGCGUUAUUGACCUGCUACCAAAUGAGGAAAAAAAGAGAGAAUAGAAAGUUUCGCUUUAUGGGUGGCACCGGUUUUUUGUUGGUAUAA